UAUAACAGAAGCGCGUGUUUAUGGUUUGUGCUUGUGUAAAGUGUCUACUGAAGGAAAUAAGGACGAAUUUCUCACCUUAAGUCGAAAAUUAAACACAUAGAAAAUGUCGUCCGUGGAUAUGACCAAGUUAGGAGCCAACAAGCUGAAAAACAGCACGACUGGAGAGAUGGUGGAAAUCGGUUCGCUUUGGCGUGACCAGACAGUCAUUCUCUUCUUCCUGCGGAGGUUUGGUUGUCAGGUGUGCCGAUGGAUGGCAGCGGAGGUCAGUAAACUGGAAAAGGACCUGAAAGCAAACGGUGUCGCUCUGAUCGGCAUUGGACCUGAAGACAUGGGAGUGAAGGAGUUCAAGGAUGGGGAAUUCUUCAAGGGAGACAUCUACAUUGAUGAGAAGAAACAGUGCUACAAAGAUUUAGGCUUCAAAAGGUACAACGCCAUGAAUGUGGUACCAGCUGCUAUGGGAAAGAAAGUACGAGAAAUUGCCUCAAAGGCUAGCGCAGAAGGAAUUCAUGGCAACUUCAGCGGAGAUCUUCUGCAGAGUGGAGGCAUGUUUAUAGUCGCUAAAGGUGGAGAGAAGGUUCUGUUGCAUUUCGUGCAGAAAACACCAGCGGACAAUGCAUCUCUUGAUGACAUCACUAAAGCUCUCGGGAUCUCAGCCAACGUCCAGGCUGGUGAAAAGCCACAGUGCAGUGAUGAAGUCUGCACAAGAUAAAGGAUUCUGUGUUCUUCAGGGGACGGCACUGAACAAGAUAGAUUUUGACUCCUGGUUAUCUAGUGUUACCACCCCACAUAUGUCAUACUAUGUCAAUCAUUUUUUGUGAAGUAGUAAUUAAGUUCUUGCAAUAGUUGUCUAACAAGGGCUUGUAUGAUUGAACACUAAUCCUGCUGCCUUGAUCCUCAAAUACUUCUGCCAUUUCUGGACUAAGUGGUUUAAGCUGGUAAAAGUCAAUCGACCACAAAAACAGGUUUACAAGUUGUUUUUUGUCAUAUGCUUUGUAUUUGGUUUAGUAUGUACUCUUAAUGAGAUUCUUUCAAAUUCGAUGUUUGUUAUGAUCUAUGAACCUUUCCAAACACUCUGACCAAAUGUGAUGUUAAAUGAAGAAUGUGAAUAAAACUUUUCAAUAUAUAUAAAAAUUCAAAGAUUUAUAUAAUGAAA